AGUGACAGUGCGCAAAGUGCAAAGUUAGCAGGAAAAUUAGGAAAUCGGGAAAUUUCCGCAACAAAUCGAUUUGCAAACAGAAAACUCGCCGUGCGUAAGAAGCCCGAGGACGGAUCUGCGUCACCAGCGGGGCUGCGGCGUUUUAUGACGUGCAUCGUCAAUCUUCUUCCCGUCCUACGUCAGCGUGCGGUCCCAUUCGUUCUCAGACGCGGAUCGUUGUUCGAAAGAUUGCCCGGAACCAGCUCGUCAUUUGUGGGCACCGUUGGACGCACUUCCGUAUCCGCUACCAGGAUGGGCAAACCGAAGGUUGUGUUUGUUCUCGGCCCGCCCGGUUCCGGCAAGGGAACGCAGUGCGAGAAGAUCGUCGCAAAAUACGGCUACACCCAUCUCUCAGCCGGCGAUCUUCUGCGGGAAGAACGGAACCGGGAGGGUUCCGAGUACGGGCAACUGAUCGAGGAGGCCAUUCGGGAUGGGCGGAUCGUGCCGGUCGCAAUCACUUGCGCCCUGCUGGAAAACGCCAUGAACAAAACACAAGAGGCUACCGGCAACGAUCGGUUUCUGAUCGAUGGAUUCCCCCGCAACGAGGAUAAUUUGGAGGGCUGGACGAAGAAGAUGUCCGAUAAGGUGGACCUGCAGUUUGUCCUGUUCUUCGAAUGCACCGAGCAGCAGUGCACCGAUCGGUGCCUCAAGCGGGGCGAAAGCAGUGGCCGUUCGGAUGACAAUGCCGAAAGUUUGAAGAAGCGGUUCAACACGUACAUCCACGAUUCGGUUCCCAUCAUUAAGCACUACGAUCAGCAGCAGCUGGUGAAGAAGAUCGAUGCCAGUGUAGGCCCUGAUGCGGUGUUCGAGUCGGUAAAAACCGCCUUUGAACAGCAGCUUUAAGCAGGGGCACCAAAACAAUUCUGCCUCGUGAGGGCCAUUACCAAUGUGGUUCUAGAAUUUCUAUGUUUAUGUUCUUAAUUGGCAGGUUGUGAGGUGUGUCUGCCUGGUUUGCGUAUCAUACGAUAACGAUCGCUUGACGAAUUGCCAGAGUGAAGGAUCCAGAUUCAAGAAUUGCGUGUAGCGUGUACCGAAACAAACCGAAAGAUCCCAACAGUGCCGUCAACAUUCCUUGGAGUCGAAGAAGCGUAAGCAAGUUAGUUUCUGGCAGGGUAACCGUUGUUUGUAAUUGCUGCACGGCUACCGAUACCGCAACUUCUGUUUUAUGAUUUAUCCGCAGUAUUUUUCAUCAGAAAGUGUCCCGGAUCAGCAUCGCGCUGCGAUAAUUCUUUCUUAUAAUUUAGACAUCGAAUAAACAUUCGAAUAAUAUUGUCACCAAUGUAUUAACUUCCAACAGACUCGUGCUCACGCAAACUUCACAAAUGUGAUGAAAGAUCGCAAAGAUCCGUUUAAAAUCAAUAGUAACUGUCGCAGCAGUUUUUUCUUACUUAGCCAAAGACAUUGGCGCAAACGAAAUGUGGAUCGGUACGAAAGUCUAAUUAGUGAGUGGAUGAAAUUUUGUUAAAUGAAACAUGCUGCAAUUGCUCAUUCGCGUCUAUAUAGAAAGAGAUAAAUAAAGUUAUCAGCACUUGUGGAA